UCAAAAUUGAGGUUUAGUUUAGUUACAGUUAAAACAGAAUUCUGCCAGGAUUUUCCUAAGCGUUUUUAUUUCUGUUAAUAAAUAAAUAAUAAAUAAUCCAAUUAAAUGCCAACAGCGCGAUGAAGCUGCUAUUUGACGCAUGUCUGCUUACAAGGCGAAGCGUACGAAACAGUGUGUUUAAACCAACUUCGUUCAACUUUCUCUUCCGACCUGAAAAUUAUUUUAAAGUGGAACACAGGUCUUUACAACAUACAUGCCGCUGUGUUACCGACACAAUCAAGCAGAAUAAAUGCGGGUACAUGCAACGCAUACGGGAAUUACAUUGUACGAAUUAUUUAUAUGCAAAAGAUGCUUCACUACCUCAUGGGUUUGAUUCAUAUGGAUUUGAUGAUAUGUCACACUUACACUCCGAUAUUAAGAAGAUUUUGCACACAAAUGUGAAGCCGCUACAAACUAUGUGUAGUUAUUAUUUCGAUGGUAACGGCAAACACUUCCGACCAAAAGUUGUUUCACUCGUAUCUAAGUUGUGUAACGAGCAUGGUGGAAUUGAAAGAAAAGUCUCCGAAAAUCAGCGUAAAAUUUCACUAAUUGCCGAAAUGAUUCAUGUUGGAAGUUUAAUCCAUGAUGACGUGGUCGAUUUCUCCAAUGUAAGGAGAGGAAAACGAUCUGUUAACGCUCUCUGUGGUGAUCAUAAUGCAGUAAUGGUGGGCAACUAUGUUGUUGCAAAUGCUUCAAAAUUAUUAUCAAGUAUUGGAAACCCAGAGAUAACUAUCAUAAUAUCUCAAAUUAUUGAUGACAUUGUGAGAGGUGAGUUCAUGCAGCAAGACAACAAAGAUCAAUUCAAACAUUACCUGAAGAAAACUUACAAGAAGACAGCAAGUUUGAUAGCCAACUGCUGUAAAGCUGUCGCGUGUUUAAGUUCCAACAAUAAUGAAGUAAUAGAAGCCGCUUAUCAAUAUGGUUCAAAUAUUGGGAUGGCGUUUCAACUUGUGGAUGAUUUGUUAGAUUUCGUUGCAUCAUCCAAAACACUUGGUAAACCAUCGGUUGCCGAUCUUAAACUUGGCUUGGCAACAGCACCCGUUCUAUUUGCAUGUGACAAGCACCCUGAUCUGCAUAGUUUAAUAUUACGAAGAUUCAAUGAAACAGGAGAUGUUGAAUGGGCACUUGAAGCUGUUUAUAAUAGUUCAGCAUUGGAGGAAACACGUUUAUUAGCUGAACAAUAUUGUAAAGACGCUCGGCUCGCGUUAUCUAUGUUUCAUGAAUCUACGAAUAAGACGGCCUUGUUACAACUGACAGAUGUUGUACUUAACAGAAGCAAAUAAUUAAUUUAUAUUUCAGCAACCAUACUUUGUGGUUUAAGUAACAUUUCGUGUUUAAAAUAAAUAAAAACUUUUGUGUUAA